CUACCCAAAAAAAAAAAAAAAAAAAAAAAAAAAAAAAAGUUAGCCUCCAAUUUAUCCAAAUACUUGUCUCUUCUAUAUUUCUUUGCCCAAACUGGUCCUAAAACUCCCUUAAUAGCCCAGUAAUCUGACACUAUCAUGAAAUAGCUCGCCCCUCAAUAGUCAUCAAAUUCUCUACGAGAUGGAGAAAUGGAGAGCUGCUGACCGUCUGCUCAAAUUCUCUAGCAGGUUCGCUUCAGCGGUUAAUUGGAACAAUAGCUGUAAAAGCAAACAGGGGAAAUAUUUUUAUUCCGUGGCCACAACAGUGCACAGAAAUCCCUUGUUUUCUAUCAUUAGCCCUGAUGAUAUCAGCUAUUUCAAGACCCUAUUAGGGGAGAGAGGUGUUGUUCAGGAUGCAUUGGCACUGGAUGCUGCAAAUACUGAUUGGAUGGGCAAGUACAGAGGCUCGAGCAAGCUGCUGCUUCAGCCUAAGAACACUGAAGAAGUUUCACAGAUUCUUAAAUACUGUAAUUCCAGGUGCUUGGCUGUUGUUCCCCAAGGUGGAAACACAGGUCUUGUGGGUGGAAGUGUACCUGUUUUUGAUGAGGUGAUCAUCAAUGUUGGUUUAAUGAGGAACAUCCUUUCUUUUGACAAGGUAAUAGUCAGCGGUGUCCUGGUUUGUGAAGCAGGAUGCAUAUUGGAAAACUUGAUUUCUUUCCUAGAUGAUGAAGGAUUUAUUAUGCCCCUAGAUUUAGGAGCCAAAGGUAGCUGUCAAAUUGGAGGAAAUGUAUCAACUAAUGCUGGUGGGCUACGUCUUCUGCGAUAUGGUUCACUACAUGGCAGUGUUCUUGGUCUUGAAGCAGUUUUGGCAAAUGGUACUGUGCUCGACAUGCUUGGGACUUUAAGAAAAGACAAUACUGGAUAUGACCUUAAGCACCUAUUUAUAGGAAGUGAAGGAUCUUUGGGAAUUGUUACAAAGGUUUCAAUUCUUACCCCUCCAAAGUUGUCAUCUGUCAAUAUAGCUUUUCUUGCUUGUGAAGAUUACACCAGCUGCCAGAAACUUCUGUUGGAAGCAAAAAAGAAGCUUGGAGGAAUUCUUUCUGCAUUUGAGUUUCUUGAUUCUGAUGCAAUGAGUUUGGUUAGUUCCACAACUUUUUUGGGAACUGAAAAUCAUGGACAAGAAGUGAUAAAAGAUAAACACGGGCAGGAUUUCACUUCCAUUGAUCUCAGGGCAUUGCCCCUUGAGUUCUGGUACAGUUAUGCAAGUGGAAGUAUAUUCAUGGAGAACCUUGAGGCCUUCCUUCUUCAUUCAGUGGAAAGUGGUUUGGUAGCCAAUGGAGUUCUUGCUCAAGAUAUCAAUCAAGCAUCCUCAUUUUGGCAUAUUCGUGAGGGUUUACCUGAAGCUCUCAUGAAAGCAGGGGCCGUGUACAAAUAUGAUUUGUCACUGCCUCUUGAAAAGAUGUAUGAUCUUGUUGAGGAAAUGCGAGUGCAAAUUGGUCCUGCAGCCAAAGUAGUGGCAUAUGGUCACCUUGGGGAUGGAAACUUACAUCUAAAUAUCUCAGCUCCAGCGUAUGAUGAUAAUAUUUUGGCAAAAAUUGAGCCCUUCGUGUAUGAAUGGACAUCAAAGAACCGUGGGAGUAUUAGUGCUGAGCAUGGUCUUGGAUUGAUGAAAGCUGCUAAAAUACACUACAGCAAGUCACCUGAAACUGUGCAAGUAAUGGCUUCCAUCAAGAAGCUGCUUGACCCCAAUGGUAUACUCAACCCGUACAAAGUUCUUCCAUCGAGCCUCCUCUCUCAAAAUUAAGGAAAUAAACUGAUGAUUUCAAGUGUCCAAUUUUUCAGCUCAGAGUACGACUUGAGGUUUUUACACAAAAUUGAGAAUAGAUUGCAUAAGAAAAUUCAUACCCCAGAUUGUAGAUUACGGAUUACAGGCUGAGAAAUUGAGACUUCAAUGAGACACGCUGUUCCUAAAAGUAUGUGCAAGUAACUUAAGCCAUCCUUCAAUGAGCAGAAUUUUUGUGCAAAGUAACUUGAGCCAUCCUUAAAAGAUUGUGAUGACCAUACUGUAUACUGUUGGUAUUUCAUUUGUCUUCCAGUCUCAGUGAGAAUGCCAUUUCUACCGGUCGCUUACUCUA